GCGAUCCUGGGACGCCGACGGCAAGAUGGCGGCGCGAGCAGCGCUCGGGGCCUUGUGCCGGCGUCUCUGGCAGGGUUCGAGGGAUUUUUCUGUAAACAGUUCUAAGAGCGGUACACCCCAAAAUGGUGCCUUUCUUCUCAGUUCCAGUAUGAAGUGGGUACAGUUUUCAAACCUACAUGUUGAUGUUCCCAAGGACUUAACCAAGCCUGCGAUAACUAUUUCUGAUGAACCAGACACAUUGUAUAAGCGCCUGUCUGUUUUAGUAAAAGGCCAUGAUAAGGCUGUGUUGGACAGUUAUGAAUAUUUUGCCGUGCUUGCUGCUAAAGAACUUGGUAUCUCUAUUGAAGUACAUGAACCUCCAAGAAAAAUAGAGCGAUUUACUCUUCUCAAAUCAGUGCAUAUUUUCAAGAAGCACAGAGUUCAGUAUGAAAUGAGAACACUUUACAGAUGCUUAGAGCUAAAACAUCUAACUGGAAGUACAGCAGACGUCUACUUGGAAUACAUUCAGCGAAACUUACCUGAAGGAGUUGCCAUGGAAGUUACAAAGACAAAAUUAGAACGGUUACCAGAACACAUCAAGGAGCCAAUCUGGGAAAAGAUACCAGAGGAAAAAGAAGAAAGCAAGUCAUAAAGUCUCAGAGACUAGUUGUGUGGGCUUCUGAAUGAGGGAGGGCCAGCCACGUGGGCUGAAGUGGAGAGUGCUGCCAGUUGAGACGGUUCUCUAUUGAGUCCACAUGUCCUGAUCAUGGGCAGCAGGGGAUGGAGCAUUAAGGAUUCAAUGGACUAUAGUGAAAGAGCCACUUUAUCUGUCCUUUUAUACAUGUCAUCAUUUCAGUUCUGAUUUUACCAAAUGUGAGUAAACCAUUUUGACCACUAUG